UCGAGUCCUGGCUUGCCUCCUGGGACUGCUAGCAGCAAAGAAGUUGGAGUUCCCGGGGUGCAAGUCAACCGCCGACGGCCAAGCCACCGCCCCGACCAUGUGCGACACCGUCGUGAUCACGGUCGCCGCCGACAACUCUCUCAUCGGCAAGAGCCGCGCCAACCCAUGGCCUGGCAUCCGCAAGGUGCUGCAACCAGCCACGCCACCGGCAGAUGGGAAUGAGAGCGUCAUGUUCACGUACAGAUUCAUGGAGGAGCCCACAGUGUCCACCGACGUGCAGGGAACCGAAGCUGAGCCGUGCGCCGGCGGCAGCGCAUGCACCAGCACCGACACGGUAGACAGUGCAGUCAACGCGCUAUGGACAGACGAGGGAUGGACCGCCGACGACUGCCUGCGCACCACCGAUCGAGAAGUCCUGCUGUACUAUGGCGACGGCGUGGGCCGUGCCGCCGAUGUGUGCCAAGAAGCGCAGCUUAUGGCCGGUAACUCUGUUAUCUACCUCAACGAUGAAGGCCCGGUCGAGCGGCUCCUUCAAUGGGUUGCAGGUAUAUGCGGGGGCAGCGGCCAUGCCUGCGCCGAAGCGCAAAUCAUGGCCAAUAACCCUUAUAUCUACCAGAAUGGCCUGGUCCAUUGGCUCCUCCGGUAGUCUCUCGGCAGUUACGCGCUGUUCAAAGUGAGGUUUGAAGGUCAAAGAAAUCACAGUUAGAAAUCCCCACCGUCCGUUCUUGGGAUCCAAUAUCCAAGCCAUGGAGGACAAUCAAGAGCCAGCUGUGGAAAUGCUUCGAGUCUCAUCAGGUGAGGUCAAUCACAGAACACGUCUGCCUAAAUCCAAUGUUUAUGUCCUAGCAAAUCCUCGCCUUCACAGCCUCCUUGAUUUCUCCUUUUCUUUUCAUUGUAAAUGAGCAUCGUCCAUUUUCCUUUAUAUUUCUGGAGUUGCCGCUGCUUCGACUUUGUAAGUUUUAUGACUGGUGUAUUUCUUUGUAAUCUAGUGGAAAGAUAUGUGAUUGUGUAAAUGUGUAAUUUAUCGGUCACUGAAUGUAUGAUAAUCCAGAUGUUUGUAAUAACUA